GCUCUUCCGGCGCACAACGAUUCACUUGAGGGUUUUCCCAUUCCAUGCAGUGUGUUCGUACCUACGUUGGAACAUAUUGCUUGUUUUUCUUCCAUGGUUGGUCAUCAGGGUCAUUCUAGUAUCUCAGAGUACUUAGUGUGAUGGAAUCGACUUGCGUAUGGUGUAGUAAAUUUCACUGUCGGCGACGUUUCUAUGCUAGAACAAUAAAAUAAAGCUUUGACUGGAGAACUCAGCAAGACAAGAUUGGGGAAUCUAGAGAAAAAUGAAUAACAACCACUUACUUAUCCCACCUCGCUGGCUUCAUUGUCCACGGAAGGGAUCUGCCAUACAAGAAAAGUUUUUCCCAUUCAAAACACCACUGGAUGGUCGAUAUGAUGAUCAAAUACCUGAAGAAAGUCGUUUCAGUCUGGAAAUGUUAUUUUCAACAUUUCGCUCAUACAAGCUCAAAAUGGGUUUGCUGAUUGAUCUGACAAAUACAAAACGAUUCUACAACAGCAAAGAUGUGGAAGACAAAUAUGAAUGCCGAUAUGUCAAGCUGCAGUGUAAGGGACGAUCAGAGACCCCCACUGUAGAACAGACACAGGCAUUUGUUAACUUGUGUGAACGCUUUAUUCACCAAAAGCCUCUUGAGGUUAUAGGUGUUCAUUGCACACAUGGCUUCAAUCGGACAGGUUUCCUUAUUGUCAGUUAUUUAGUAGAGAAGCAGUCAUGUAGCGUGGAAGCAGCAGUGCGCUUAUUUGCAGCGGCCCGACCACCAGGGAUAUAUAAGCAAGAUUAUCUCGAUGAGCUUUUCCGUCGUUAUGGUGACCCAGAAGAAACACCAGGUGCUCCUCCUUUACCACAGUGGUGUACAGAAUCUGAUGACACUGUAGAUGAUGAUGGCCAUUCUUUUAAUGGGGGAGCCAAUUCUGCAGAUGUCAAUGAUGACAGCAGAAGCAGUGGGAACAGUGAAAAGAGCAAGAAGAAGAGGGAGUUUGUCAAACGUAAUGCAAAAUUUGCUGAUGGCGUAACGGGUGUGUCACAAGUACUGGCCCAGCCUACUUUGUCUCAGGUGCAAGAAAAAUCUCAGACAAUGUGUGGUUGGAAAGGGUCUGGGUUUCCUGGCUCACAACCUGUGUCGAUGGACAUGAAGAAUCUAGAGUAUCUCAAACUCAAGCCAUACAUGGUCAGCUGGAAGGCAGAUGGUACAAGGUACUUGAUGUUAAUUGAUGGGCCAAACCAAGUCUUCAUGAUAGAUAGAGACAAUGCAGUUUUCCACGUUCGGGAUCUUCAGUUUCCCCGCAGAAAAGAUCUGAAAAGUCACAUAUUUGACACACUCGUUGAUGGGGAGAUGAUCCUGGACAAAGUUGGAGAGCAGAAUGUUCCUAGGUUUCUUAUCUAUGACAUAAUCAAGUUUGAGGGGCAAGAUGUAGGUCAUACAGAUUUUAACCGCCGCCUGUUGUGCAUUGAAAAAGAAAUAGUGGGACCACGUAAUGCCAAGAUGCAGCAAGGUUUGCUGGAUCGUGCAAGCCAGCCAUUCAGUGUUCGUGCUAAACCUUUCUGGGACAUCAGCACUGUUCCAAAAUUGCUGGAGGGUGAGUUUGCCAAGAAUCUCAGCCAUGAAGUGGAUGGCCUUAUCUUCCAGCCAGUCCCUGAUUCCUAUGUUUGUGGACGGUGUAAAGAUGUGCUGAAGUGGAAGCCUCCUUCACUGAACUCUGUCGAUUUUCGGUUAAAGAUUGUUCGAGAAGAAAAGCCUGGCAUGUUACCAGAAACUAAAGGAUACUUAUAUGUUGGAGGAUACGAGCAUGCAUUCUCACAAAUAUCAAAGGUAACCAAGGAGCUGAGGGAACUUGACAACAAGAUUAUUGAGUGUUCCUGGAAUGGCAGCCAGUGGCAGUUCAUGCGGCAACGCACAGACAAAUCUUUUCCAAACAGCUAUGAUACCGCAAUGGGUGUGUGCAACAGCAUUGCUCACCCUGUUACCAAGGAGAUACUUUUUCACACCAUCAACCGCUGUCGUUGGCAACCCCACAACAAACAACCCCAUCCACCUGGUCAGACAGACCGCCUGCUUAUGCCACCCCCUCAGAAGAAGCUGAAGCAGUGAAACAGACGCAGGAGAGUUCUAGAGAAUGUGGCUAUGGUCAUCAGAAAAUUGUGGCUUCCUUCAGACCUAUGUUGCCAUUCACUGCUGUGCUCUUUGAUCUGAUUUGGUUUCUUCCAUCCUUGAGUUCCACAGAUGCUCUAUGCUCACAUGAAGUAUAACAUUUUCACGCAGCCAUUUAUUGUGUGAAUAAAGUAAGGCACAUAAAGAAGCCAAGAGGUUCAAAAGGGGAUCAAGUAGCUCUGCUGAGUUUUUAUAGAUGACGAAUACAUCUUACACAUGUACUUUGACCUUUCUUUACACCUCAGAAGUCAUAUGGAAGGUGUUAUAUUUUUGACUGUGCAUCCCUCCUAUAGAAUGAGAUGAUAUUUGAAUAUGUCAUCUCUUUGUGAAAUGAUGCCAGGUUGUAUGUUUGUCUGCAUUAUGGAACUCUAGGAAUGCCCAGGUUUUCCUGUUCGGUAUACCCACAGGUCAUCAGCUGUGUACUGUGAUGCCACAUAAAAAUUUUCCAAGCUUCUGUAUGAAUGAAGUAAAGGAGGAGAAAUGUGGAUUAUCCUCACCGAUCUGCAGUCAGAGACUACAGUAAAUCUGAAAACUAUGCUGGUAUUUGAAUUGUUGGUAAUAAUAACAAGAUGGCAACCAUUCAUCACUUGAACUCCAUGAUAAGUGUUGAUGAGAACAAAGACUUCUGUGAGAAAAAGUGCAUUUUUGAGAGAUUGUGUGUACCUAUAUCAGUGUACCACUGCAUGUGUGUGCUUGUAUGUAUGAGAAAGUGUGGACAUUCAGUUCAGAAAAACUGUAAGCACUAAUACAUUUAACAGAUAAAGACAUCCAUUCACUUGUGGUUCAGUCUUUUUUUAGCAGCAAAAUAGACAGUGGUAGAAUAACGUUUAAAUUUUUUUAAUUCUAUUAUUAAAGAAUUUAAUCUACAGCUUAAUGUUUUAAUGGUGAAUUUAUAUGGUACCAGUCAAUGCCAUAUGAUUUGACAAACUAUUAGGGCUUCUUAUUUUCAACAGACAUCAAAGAAAGGGCUGGUGUAGGCCAUAGAAAAGAAUGUGUGAGACGUAACAGAGUCUGAUGGCAAAUUUCUUGGGUCGGUGAUACGGGUUUAGUUUGCUGUUUUCUGGCACAGAUAGAAAUUGUAAAACAAUGACAUUUAUGAUACCUACUCUUUAAAAAAUUUACUACAUUCAGCCAUGAAACAUUCAGGUGUGGAAACUUGAGCAUGCAUCCUCCUGAUGAAUGAAUGAACAUACAGUUGCUCCCGCUCCACACACACGUGUACAUGUGUGCACAUACAGGUAAAAACUCUAAAACUUGCAUGAAUGUAUGCACAUCCACGUGUAUUUGCUAUGAUAAGCCAUAGAGGAGAAACAAAACACUGGUGAUCUGAUUGAAAUGUAAAGCCCUAUUAAAGACUAGUGGCAAAGGGCUAGUUAGCAACAAAAAAAUGAGUGUUGUAUCAUGUCAUGUUGUGUGUGCCUGAAUGUGUCAUCUGAAGACCGGGGUAAUCAUCGUUAACAUGGGUAGUGAUACUGAUUUUGUGAGAUGUUCGUCUGCAUGUCGUGUGUUGUAAUUUUAUCCAAGUGUGUGCUCAUUAGGAUGAAUUAAAUUUUUCAUGCUGAAAACAA